GACUUUGCAAUCACAAGCCACAUAUGGACAUCAUCAGAAACCCAAACAGGUGUACAAACAUUUGCUAAAUCCAUCGCAUAGCUUGAAGAUCUGGCCAGGCCAUGACGUGACAUAUGACGUGCUAUUCCUGGCACAGUCAUGAUCUCAAGCAACAUUUCCCAUUGUGAAGUCUAGGGGGCUUUAAUUGAUCCCUAAACCAGAACCAGUAAGGCCAGAAAAUGCGGGGGAUAGUAAACGAUGUAGUUAGCUCAUGGGGUGGUGUUAACCCUCACUGUUGAGCAUUAUAAGCAGUUGUUCAGCUCUGUAACAAAUGGAAGUCGAAAAAAAAGAGGUCACUGGAUCAACACUGUAGCAAAGUGUGUGGAGUGGGGUUGGGUUAGGAAACAUAAUAAAGUGUUGGGGGCCCUAUUGAGAGAGAGAGACAGAGACAGAUACAGAGAGAGAGAGAGAGAGAGAGAGAGAGAGAGAGAGUCACAGCUUGACGUCUGUUGGGGAAAAGGCUGACAGAAGAGAGAACAGAGAACUGGACAAGUAAGAUAAUCUGGUUUAUAAAGAGACCACCAGCCGACACAAAACAGACAACUGGACACGAGGGACAGAGAAGGUGAAUGCGUCCUGAGCAGGAUUAUAAACCGAGGUUUCCUUCAUCUUCUGACCUAACCUGAUCUGCUUUCCUGCGCCUUUCAAGUCCAGAGAUCUGCUGUGCGUGUGUUUUUUCAAAUAAGGAUGGAUCACUCUCAGGACCAUUUCUUCUGAUGUUUUUAUUUGACAUAAUAUGGAUUUAUCAUAGCGGAAUCUGUCGGUUUUUUUCGGAUUAUCCACUUUUGGAGAACUUUUACGCACAGCCUUAGUGUUUGGAUGACUCUACAAAUCAUUACUGCAGAGUUUCUUUAAAGUGUUUUGAAACUUAUUCGUGCGCUAUUAUACAUUUCAGGUUGCACACUAAUCCAUCUUGCCUGAUUUCUCAAGUGAAUCAUCAGUAUCACGUCUCGCUUCCUGGCUGUACCCGUAAUAGCAACACAGAUCGCUUAACGCUUUGCGCAGACUGACAGGGGUGCCCCCUAAACUGUUGGUGCCGUAUAUAGUCUUUCUUCAUUUGUUUUGAGGAGUUUCUCGACUCUGGACGGAAAUAUUAUCUGCCAUCUGAAAUGCUGCCUCUGUCCCCUCUGUUGCUGCUCGUUUUCCCCGCUGUGGUCUUUGUGGCCGCGCAAGGCGCUGGGGACCUCCAGGGUUUCACCCUCCCCGGUGGGAGCGCAGGCUUUGACCCAACAGACCCCUGCAUGGUGGUGUCUCCACCAUGUAUGAGCGAGGCAGAUCGCUACAGUCUGGAGGCCCUGCGGAGCAUCCAUCAGAUGAUGGACGAUGACCAGGAUGGAGGGAUUGAGGUGGAGGAGAGUCUAGAGUUCAUCAUUGAAGACAUGAAGCAGCAGCAGACCAACAAGCACAGCAACCUGCACAGAGAAGACCAACACAUCACAGUUGAGGAGCUCUGGAGGGGCUGGAAGUCAUCUGAAGUACAUAAUUGGACACAAGACGAGGUGCUUCGCUGGCUGAAGGAGUUUGUUGAGUUGCCACAGUAUGAGAGAAACUUUAAAGACUUUAAGGUCAAUGGAAACACACUACCCAGGAUUGCAGCAAACGAGCCUUCAUUCCUGAGUAUCCAUCUGAGGGUUCAGGACCAGAGAGACAAACAGAAGCUCAACAUCAAAGCUCUGGACGCAGUUCUGUUUGGGCCGCCUACACGUCCUCCUCAUAAUUACAUGAAGGAUCUGCUGCUAAUUGUGUCAGUGGUGAUGGGAGUUGGAGGCUGCUGGUUUGCACAGGCUCAAAACAAAGCCAGUAAAGUCCACAUAGCCAAGAUGAUGAAAGAUUUGGAAAGUCUCCAGAGGGCAGAACAGAGUCUCAUAGAUCUACAGGAACAACUGGAGCGAGCCCAAGAAGAGAAGCGUAAUGUUGCAGAGGAGAAACAGAACCUGGAGGAGAAGAUGCGGGAUGAGAUCAUCGGAGCACAGGAGGAGGCUCACCGUCUGCACGAGCUGAGGCAGGGAGCUGUCACUGAGCUCAGCCGCCUCCGAUAUGCAGAGGAAGAGCUGGAACAGGUCCGUGGGGCAUUGAAGCAGGCAGAGAAGGACAUGCAGGCAAGCUGGACUGCCUCAGAUGCUCUCCAGCUGUGGCUGCAGCUGACACAUGAGGUAGAGGUCCAAUACUACAACGUCAAGAAGCACAGUGCAGAACUACAGCUUGCCACCGCCAAGGACGAGGCAGAGAGGAUUAAGAAGAAGAGGAGUUCUGUGCUGGGGACUCUCCAUGUUGCCCACAGCUCCUCUCUAGACCAGGUUGACCAAAAGAUCCUGGAAGCAAAGAAUGCCUUGUGUGAAGUAACAGCCUGCCUACGGGAGCGUCUCCAUCGCUGGCAGCAGAUUGAGCGCGUCUGCAGCUUCCCCAUCAUCAGGAAUCCUGGCCUAGCAAAACUCACUGCGCAGCUUUACACAGAAUCAAUUGCCCUGGGGUUGCCCCGAGGACCCCAAACAUCUUGUUCAUGCCAUAGCUCUUUACAUGGAUCUAUAGAGGAUCUUUUAGAAGAGUCUGCGUCUCCAAUCUUACCACAGAUGCAAGUUCCAGUUCCACCACCGAAGCGCUCUCCUCGAACGCGAGGAUCCACCAUAUGUCGGACUCGUCGUCCUGGUGUCAUUGCUCAGCCACCAGCUGCAAUGAUCUUGCAAGACCCCGACCUUCUCAUCCCCAUCCGAGCCCCUUACCCGUGCUUUGAUGAGGAAGAGGAGCUCUUCCUGAAAACUCUAAAGAAACAAGACUCACAAGAGGAUUAUAUGACUUCACCUCCUCUCAGCAAAAUGUUGCGUAGUCCUAGUGCUGAUGCUUCCUCUGAGAAGCUCUCUCAUGAUGACACUGAGCUGCUUGCAGAGAGCUCCGUUACAAAGCCUCUGAGUAAAGAAAUGGAAGCUGUUGUUGAAUCUCCAGUUCGUAAAAUUUCUAUAGAAGAGCUUGAAGCUUCUGCAGAUGUUGCUUGCAGGAAGAUAGCAAAAGACAAAGUGCUGGAUACUUCUUUGGAAUCCCCUUCUUUGAAGAAGUCCAAAGAAGAGUCUUUGAUAGAGGCUACAUCAAGGAAGAUAUCACGAGACAGGAUGGAAGUUCCCAUGGAUGUUACAGUUAGAAAGGGGCUUUCCAGUGAGUUGGAUGCAGAAUUUCCAUCCAGGAAAGUAGAGAGAGAUAUGAUAGGGGAUUUGAUGGACACUACUUCAUGGAAUAUAUACAGAGAAAGAAGUGAUUUAUCCCUGGAUGCGAGAAAGAUUCUUUGGAAUGAAUUAGAAGCAUCAACAGAUCAACAGGCACCAAGGAAGAUAUCAAGAGGUAUGAUGGGGGCUUCAGUGGACAGCGCCUCAAGAAAGAUAGUACAAGAUGAUGCUGAGCAUCUGUUUGACUCAGUAUUCAGAAGAGUUACAAGAGAUUCAUUAGGGAUGUCCCUAGACACAGGUUCUAGAAAGCUUCCAUGUAAUAAAGAAGAAUGCCAGCUUGAUUCCUCUGUGAGGGCAUUAGCAAUGGACAAAAUGGUUGAGACCACAAGAAAACCACCAAGAAGGAUAUCUAGAGAGGAGUUGGAGUAUAGUACAGAUACUGCUUCCCUAAAGAUACUACCCAGAGAGAAAUUUGAUGCAUCUACAGACACCUCGUCAUCUACAGAGAAGCAAGAGUUUUGUUUAGAACCAUCACCUAAUAGGAAGAUACUGAGAGAUGAACAUGAGUUGUCUGCUGGUUCUCUAAGAAGGAGAAUACCAAGAAUGCCAAGUGUUGAUGUUUCAAUGGAAAUACAUAAACAAUCAACACUGAGGGAGGAGAUAGGAGCAUCUGAAUCAAGUUCAUCUCCAGGUCGAAUUGGUCAGCCAGACCUUAUGGUAACCUCCCAGGCACCAUGGAAGUCAUCUUCAGACCUUUUCACUGUUGGUCCAUUGAGCCAGCUUGUAUAUGAUGGAAUCCUUGAGAAGUCCUGCAACUCCACACCAACAACCCCAACCAGCCUCUCUGCCUCAGUACCUAAUCUGCGUCAGAACAGGCUGCAAGCAGAGAUGGAGAAACCUCUUCCACCACCAAGGGUUACCCCUACAUCUCCUGUAUCGCCCAUCGAGACUGGAGAUGAGAGGACCAAGGAUAAGGAAAAGAGCAAGAAAUCCCUGAAGCUCAAAAAUCUUUUUAAAAAGAAAAAUGAGUCAGCUGCAGCAAAGCAUCAAAGUGGUCUACAGAAACUCUGACAAUCAGCCAAGAAUAUUUUCUUUUGUUAAAAUUUUAUUGAACCAAAAAAGUUUCAGAACCUCAUUGAGAUAUUGAUGUUUCCAUACUCAGAGUUUGGUCUUAAAGGCACUGACAGAAUCAUGAUACAUGUAUGAUGUCUAAUGUUGCCUGUAAAAAAAUGUCCAGAAGAUAUAAUACAUUUGGGCACAUAAGUCAGUUGCAUAUGUAAGGAGAUCAAUAUGAGGCUCAGUAAAGAGUUUUUACAUAACUUAUUUUAUAUUUGAAGAUGAUUUCUUUUGCUAAGUCUUAUGUAGACAUAUGGUUGAUACCAUAUAUUAUUUUAGAUGCAGAUUUUUGAUGCUUUGCCUAUGGUUGAAGGAUUAAAUUAUGUUUAAACAGAUGCUGCUCUUCUGUGCAAUAGAGUCAAUGCUUGAAUUCAAUUUAAACCUCCAUUGAAGAUGCAGCAGAAAAUGAAAACAUUCUGUUCUGAGAGAAAUGUGGUUAUAUUUAGUGUUGUCUUAAUAAGAGAUCUUUUCCCUGAUCUUGAUUUGAAUCCUAUCUAUGAUAUAAAAUAUGAAAGAGAGUCUGGUCUGACAUUUUUGUUAGUUUUUCAAUAUACCUGCAUUAUACACGGAAAAAAUUAGUAAGGCAAUUGGAAAGCCUUAAAAACCUAUUUUAUAAAUUAGUGUUUUACUAGGAAUGAUGGGCUUCUACAUGAAGACCAUAUUUAGACCAGUUUUGAUUAUAUCACGAGAGAUUUCUGUAUUUGUGUUUUUUUCUGUGUGUGGGAAGUUGGAAAAAGGUGAUGUCACAUAUUUCCACCAAUCAGGUGGAAAGACCUGUAUCAAUCAGGUUUUAGCAACAUUUGAAUCAAAAUCUGAUGAGUUGUAGGGUUGUUAAACCAUUAAAUUAUCAAACAACAACCAUACAGUACUGCUGAAGCAGAUUAGCCAAGUAUUUUUUGAGGUUUAAACCCUUACUAUUUUUCUUAACUUUACAUUUUAUUGUUGUUUGAUUUGUGUAGGAUUUAAAACCAAGUUUUCAGGGGCCUUAAAUAUGUUUGACAGCUGGGUUGGUCUGCCCUAAGAAAACUUAGCCUUGAUAACAAAAAAUGCUUCCCUUUAAUGGUUUCAUAUCAUAUUUUGUACAGAUUGUUGAUAAUCCUUAUUGAAAGAGGUGUCGGACAGGUUUUUAGACAGCCUCUUUUUUUAUCUCAAGCAUCAUCCAAUGCUCAAAUGGCAUUUUACAACCAACAUCAGCACUUUUAAGGUGUGAUUCACUUGCAAAAUGUUGCUGAAAUAGACACAAAAUAACAUUUUUAUUACAUUGUCAAAGACUGUCAUAUCUGAAACUGUUGGCUGCCUUGUAUUUGUUUAUUUAUUUAUUUUGUGCACAAUUCACUUCUGGGUAUCUCAAUCACAGAGUGGUGGUUGUGUUUUUAUGAAGGGCAGUGGGGCAUGUUUGAAAGUUGGCGUACCAGUAACAAACAAAUAGUCCACAAGUUUGGAAAUGGAUCAGGCUUAGCAUAGCCAAUAUUGGCCCAUUUAAAGAAGAAUCAGCCGUGAUUCUGUUCCGUGGAUCAGCUUAGGGCAAUCCAAGUUUUAUUGAAAAUAAUAAUCCUAUAUUUGAAAAAUGCUCAAGAACAGUUUCCUUGCUAAAAAGACAAACUAUAUUUUCUCUUUUUUGAGUGCAUUUAAAUGCGUAUUUUGAAUGCUUGAAUUUUUCAUGUUUAGAGAUUAUUUAUGUUUCUACUAUUGUUUACAGGCAUAAAGUCAGUACCUUGACUAUUUUUUUUAAUUCAAAUGAUUAAAAAAUGUAGCUUUUAAUUGAUUUUAAAAAUGCUCAUUGGAAUAUGUUUUUUUUCAUGUCUUCAGUGUCUUUGUUUGCGUGUCAAGUGUAAGGAAUAUAUGAAUAAAAUCUUUUCCCUUGUCUUAGAUGAGGACAACUGCUGAAUUUUAGUAUGAAAAUAUAAUUUUGUGCACUGUUGUUAUCUACUAAUUUAUUAACAACUGGUGAUAGAGGAAAUAAACAAUAUGAACUAAAGAAA